AUGGCAGUGUUAAGUAUUCAAGUAGAUAAUAUUGAUCAAGAUGUUGAAAUUGUCGACUUAGAAGAGAAACUUGCCAAACUUCAGCACACUAUCGAUCAAUUCCAAAGUGUGAACCAUAACAAUGUAUUAAAAAAUAUUGGUGAUACACAAUAUAAAGAAGACAAUUCUAGAAUUAAGGAAGCAACUCAACAACAAACAAAUCAUGUAUUGGAUGAUUUGGAAUGGGCUCAAAGCUAUGAUAGCAUCUAUCGAGUAUUGAACAUUGAAUCGUAUAUCGAUGGUAAUAGUCUUCAGCUACCAACAAGAGAUGAUAUCCAGAUGGGAGAACGGGAACUUAAUUCAAUUCAAGCUAAAGUUGAUCAUCUUCUUCCACCUAGAAUUGAAACAUUGGAUGAAAUGAUUAGCAACUUAAUAGAUGGCGGAACAAACUUCAUACAACAACGCGAAUCCACUUCGGGAACUUCAAAAUACUCGAUCGCCAUCUCCAAUAGCAUCUUUCCGACAAGGCAAUCACCAAGUCCAACCCCCAGAAAUCAAGAUUCACUGCGUCGUCCUCCAAUUCGUCUAUUACCACACACAGUCAAUAAUUAUAUACCGAAAUCAAAUGAUCCACUUGACGUCGAAGUUGCUCGAAUAGUAAACGCUUGUCCUGUAAAGAUAAAGGUCACAUUGGUUGAAGGAGCCAAAACUUUGUCAUUGCCGAAUUCCUAG